GCGGCGGCGGCGCUGCUGGGCCUGCGCGCGCGGCGGGCGGGCGCGGCGGCCGCGGGGGACGAGGAGGCGCGCGCGCUGGUGUCGGCGUGGGCGUUCAACUGCGAGCGCAUCAUGCACGGCACGCCGUCCGGUGUGGACAACGCCACGUGCACGUACGGCGGGCUGGUGCGCUUCCGCCGCGGUGAGCCGGCGCGCGUGCUGCGCGCGCCGGCCUCGUUGCGCGUGCUGCUCGUGGACACGCGCGUGAGCCGCCGCACGCGCGCGCUGGCCGAGCGCGUGGCGGCGCGGCGCGCGCGCGAGCCGGCCGCCGUGGACUGCAUCGUGCGCGCGUGCGGGCACCUCACCGACAGCGCCGAGCAGAUUUUCGAAAAACUGUCUAACUGCGAAGGAGAUACGGAUUCUUUAUAUGAGCAUCUGGCGGAGCUGUGGGGCGCGUGCCACUGCCUGCUGGCGGCGCUGGGCGCGUCGCACGGCGCGCUGGAGGCCGUGCGGCGCGCGGCGGCGGCGCACGGGCUGGAGGCCAAGCUCACGGGCGCGGGCGGCGGCGGGUACGCCCUCGUGCUGCUGCCGCCCGCCACGCCCGAGCCCGCCGUGCAGGCGCUGCUCGGCGCACUGGGCGCGGCGGGCUACGACGCCCGCGACACGCGCCUCGGCGGCGACGGCGUGCUGCUGCACGAUGACGACGACGACGACGGUGACGACGAUGAUGACGGCGGCGACGAGUGACGGACGCCCGAACCGCAGGAGACAAGGCUGAUCAUACCCAGAUAUUUUAGUCGUGGGUGAUUCUCUGUACGAAACGCGAAAUGUCCGCAGAUGCCUACUAAACGUAGGCAUCUGCGGACAUUUUGUGUUCAUUCAUUUUCAUAUGGGGAGUCGAUAGCUGAAAUCUUUAAAUCAUUCGGUCUCGUGGCAAUAAAUAUUAUAUUCGGUGAGGGGUCAUUAUAGGUAUUUAACGUAACGAGUCCGUGCCAAAUGCAUUGAAACAAAAGUACAUUGACCUUAGAAAAAUAACCCAAGAAAGCCUAACUUACACAAUGGUAAAUUCGUUAGAAUUAACUGAAAUAGUUAUUAAUUACAAAUCUAUCUGGAUUUGUAAUUAAUAACUAUUUCAGUUAAUUCUGAAAUAGUUAUUAAUUACAUAUAGCGCUUAGUUUAUUCAUCUAGCUCAAUUUGUUGGUAUACAUAGAAUUUUGGGGAGAAGUGGCGCUAGCCCAGUGGGUAGGAGCUCAACUUUACUUUCGGGGGACCGAGUUCGAAUUCCAGCACGCACCUCCAUCACUUGCACACAGUAACAUAAAUACUUUUGAAAGACACUGUAAGUCCUAUAAAAAUCAUCACAAUUUAUUUUUAUUACAAAUAAACUAAAGACAGUCAAGGGCUAACAAAAUAUUAUUGUAUAAUAAAGGUUUGCCUCCCCUUCUUAAACGGCCAUGGGGUCAAUGUACUUCUUCAUUCGGCACGUACUAUACAUGCUUUGUAUUUAACUUAUGUCUUUUUGUGAAUCUAUUUAAUAUAAAAUAUUUUUAUCAAA